AUGGUUUUGUGUGCAAAGUCGACGAAUUUAAGAAACUGUUCAUUGAAUUUUCGCAAUAAUUGUGUAUUUAAAAAUGUAACAAUGUCGAAUAUCGAAUGUUUAACAAUCGGAUGGUGCUCAAUGUCCGAAUUGUUCUUCUUACUUAUUCACACGACAAAAUUACGAAAGCUGAAUAUUCGGUAUUUGUGUAACUAUGAUUAUCGUACAUUAGGUGAAACUCAUUUGAUGAUAAAUAGCCUAAAUGUUUUCUUAUACUUCGUACCAUUUAAUAACGUCGAACUAUUAUUGAAAUACUUACCAAAAUUAAAGAAAUUAACAAUCAAAGGACAAUUAGACGAUUUCAAUUACACAGACAGUCAAUUAUGGCAAACUCUUUUGACAUCGUCGUUACCAUUAUUAGCAUUAUUUUCCUUGGAAAUCACUAUUUUGACUAGAAUAUCUGAUACACAGGAUAUUGUAGACAAAUUUCAAACUGAUUUCUGGAUUCAGCGGUGGAAUUUAACUAUCGAUUGUCGAUACCAUAAAAGUUUGAUAUUAGUUGUUAAUGGAAAACAGAAAAUCAAUGAACAACAAUCAUUAUCGAAUGAGAUUCAAGAAAGUUCAUCUGAAAGUUGA